AGACUGUGGUGUUGAAGAUACUGUUAUGGAAGUGUUAGCUGGCUUCCGACCCAGGGUUCCCUUACCAACAUCCAAGAGCAGAAAUUUCAAGAUUAGAGCUAGAGAAAGCUUCAAUCUUGAUAAUGAUUUCCAGGCCGCCAUUCAACGAGCUUCACUUCGUCUCCGUGAGUCUCACUCUCCAGACCCUCUCCUUAUUGACCCAUAUGUUGGCUGCCUUCUUCCUUCUAAUAGUCUGGAAGAUAUGGAUCAACAGCUGCAUCCCUACUGUCUUGCAACUAAGUUUAUUGAUGACAAGUUGCUUGAAACAAUGCGAUCUACUGAUGGACUGAAACAGGUUGUUUUGUUAACAGAUGGGCUGGAUACGCGACCUUACAGGCUCAAUUGGCCAACAUCAACCUUAAUCUUUGACAUAUGCCCCGAGAAAGUAUUUAGAGGAGCAGUUCAGAAGCUUCAAGAUGCUGGGGCUAAGAUUCCAAGAGGAUGCCUGUCUUUUCAUGUCCCAUCAGAGUCUUUUGACAAAGAAAAUAUGCUGCGCAGUAAAGGAUUCAGCGGUACAAGACCAAGUAUAUGGGCUUUUCAGGGAUUACCUGUUGUGAACUUGGCAAGUUUUAAAGAUAUCUUGUCCAUUGUCAGUAAUUUAGCCAUGAAGGGAUGUCUUUUCUUGGGGGAACUUCCUGUUUGGCUGGCUGAAACUGAAGUUGGAGACCAGUCUGCCACAAAGAAGUGGCUUGACGAUCUCUUUAUGAGCUAUGGUUUCCGGGUGAAGAUGAUUGAAUAUGACAAAGUUGCACGAAGUCUCAGGAAAGAUUCUGCAAGAAGAGCAUCAGGAGUCGACACGAGCAUACUUUUUGUUGCAGAGCAUCUACGUUUCUCUGAUGAUCAGAUGGAAACCUGGAGGACAGAAUUUCAGCGAAUAGAGGAAGAAGGGGAUGAAGAAGGCUUUGAGGAGCUCUAGGGUAGUUGCAGUGUUUGUUCCUUGGGGAUCAGUAUUCAACUGUCUGUUUUUGAAUGCUAUUCCUAGUAUGUUUUCCUUUAGGGUUAUGGCAGUUGGAUGUUCAUUUUUUUUUCUUAACUUUCUGUUUAAAGAUUAUCAGGUCAACCAAGUAGCAAAUGUAGAUCACGAUUUUCUCA